AUGCAAGAUGUUAAACCAAAGGUAUUGCAAAUCCUUGGCGAUUAUCUAAGACAACACAUAACUCUUAAAGUUAACUUUGAACUGUUUGCCAUGUUUUACAAACCCGAUAAGGACAUUUCGGAUAUCAAGUCAAUGAAUACCUGCAAUAAAAUUAUAAGCAUGUCUACUAAAAUCUCCGACAUUUAUCAGGACUUCGUUGAAAUAAUAGUAACACAAGCAUCUGAAUUUCAAGAGAAAGAUUCCAACUGGGGACUUCAGGAAAUUCUGUUUUUAGAUGUCAACAUCAAUAAAUUUACUACCAUUUCUGCCUCAGCAUAUAUUCGUCUUCCAACGCCUAUUAGAAGAAAAAGUGCAAUUUUAAAUAUACGAAACAAAGAUAACAAGUGUUUUGCUUAUUGUGUGAUGGCUGCUAUAUUUCCUGCUACAGGUGAUGUGACAAUACCGGAAUCGUAUCCAUCCUAUGACGCACUUUUAAACUUUGAGGGUAUCGGUUUCCCGGUUAAGUUAAAAGAUAUCAACAAGUUCGAGAUUUUAAACAAUAUAUCAGUUAACGUUUAUGGUCUUCAAUCAUAUUUUAAAGAAAACAAGAUGCAAUAUGAAAUUGUAGGACCACUUCACUAUACUCAGCACCAUAAACCUACGCAUGUUAAUCUUUUAUUAAUAAACGAUGAAAUUCAGAACCACUAUUGCCUCAUUACUGACUUAUCAAGACUAGUAAGUGCCCAAAAAACGAGACAUAAUGGAAAACAUUAUUUUUGUGAUGGAUGCCUUCAAAAUUUUAACACCCCAAAGAAACUAAACAGUCAUCAAGAGCAUGAUUGCUCACAUAUAUCAACAAUACUCCCAUCCACUGAGCUGAGGGUCAACAAGUGUGGUGAAAUCCUACCAUCCAAUAUUCUAAAAUUCACCAACAUCGAGAAGACGUCCUCACACCCAUUUGUAAUUUACGCUGACUUUGAGUCGAUCCUUAAGCCGAUACACCAUUGUGAGCCAUCAGAUGGUCAAUCUUACUCUAUUAAAGUCGCCGAACACCAGCCAUACUCAUUUGCAUUUUAUCUCAAGUGCAAUUAUGAUGAUUCCUUGUCAAGGUUGGAAACAUACCAGGGUAAGAACGCUGCAAAAGUUUUUGUUCAAAAAUUGGAUGCUUUAGCUUACGAACUAUACCACAACCAUCUAAAACAUGCCAAAGCAAUGAUUCCAUUAACUCAACAAGAAAAUCAGAAUUUUCAGAAUGCUACCGAAUGUUCUAUUUGUCAGAAGCCAUUAUCGUUUUUGGAUACCAAAGUCAGGGACCAUGACCAUCUUACUGGAUUGUACAGGGGUGCAGCCCACAAUUCGUGUAAUUUAAAUUUCAAGGUACCUAAUUUUAUUCCAAUUUUUUGUCAUAAUUUAUCAUUUUACGAUUGUCAUUUAUUUAUUAAGGAAUUAGCAACUAAUGGGGAGCAUAUAUCAGCAAUUGCUCAAACUAAAGAAAAGUAUAUUUCGUUUUCAAAAUCUGUUUUAGUUGAAAAGUCCAAUAUUAAUGUAUUUUUAAAAUUGCGGUUUGUAGAUUCAUUUAGAUUUUUAGCCAAAUCUCUCGAUAAAUUAAGUAAAAUAUUACAAUCAAAUCAAUGUAAUGAAGUCAGAAAGUAUUUUCCGGAUGAAAAAGCGUUUGGAUUAAUGCGACGUAAAGGUAUAUUCCCAUACUCAUAUAUCGAUAGUUUUAUGAAAUUGGAAGAAAAACAUCUACCACCUAAAGAAAAAUUUUACGACAACUUAAAAGAAGAACAUAUUACACAAGAAGAUUAUGAUAGAGCACAAGAAGUUUGGGAUUAUUUCAAAUGUCAAACAAUUAUAGAUUAUGGAAUGCUAUAUUUAAAAUCAGAUGUGCUCCUCCUAGCGGAUGUUUUUGAAAAUUUUAGAAAGGUUUGUCUCAAAGAAUACAAACUGGAUCCUGUACAUUAUUUUACAGCCCCAUCUUUAACAUGGGAUGCUAUGUUGAAAUAUACAAACAUUGAGCUUCAACUUUUAACGGAUAUUGACAUGUUACACUUUUUUGAAAAAGGGAUAAGGGGUGGUGUUGCCACUUGUGUUAAAAGAGUAGCUGUUGCAAACAACAGAUUUUUAAGUAAUUUCGAUUCAACUAAACCUGAAACUUAUAUUAUGUAUCUAGACGCCACCAAUCUUUAUGGCGCAGCCAUGAGUCAACCUCUUCCAUGGGGAAAUUUUAGAUGGUUAAGCGAUGAAGAAAUUAAACAGUUUAAUGUAUUUAAUAUUGAAAAUGAUUACGAAAAAGGGUAUGUACUAGAAGUAGACUUGCAUUACCCACCCAAUGUUCACGACGAACAUAACGAGCUACCAUUUUGCCCCGAGUCAAUAGUACCACCUAAAAGUAAAUACAAAAAACUGAUUCCUAAUUUGUACGAUAAAAAAAAAUAUGUAAUACACUAUAGAAAUUUAAAACAAUGCAUACAGUACGGAUUGAAGUUAGAAAAAGUGUACAGAAUACUAGAAUUUUCCCAAUCAGUGUGGUUAAAAAAAUAUAUUGAUCUAAAUACUUUUCUCCGAAACAACGCCAAAAAUGAAUUUGAGCGUGAUCUUUUUAAGCUCCUUGUUAACGCUAUAUUCGGUAAGUCACUUGAGAAUAUUAACAGAAGAAACGAUAUUCGUCUAUGUUCUCAUUAUGAGAAUAUUCGAGGAUCUUUGGGAGCAAAAUCUUUAAUUUCUAAACCAGAAUUCAAGUCGUUAUCAAUAUUCAGUGAAAAUUUAGUUGCUAUUCAUUUGAAUAAAACAAAGAUCAUUUACGAUAAACCGUUGUACGUUGGUUUUUCUAUUCUGGAUAUAUCUAAAACAUUCAUAUAUAGUUUUUUUUAUGGAUACAUUAAAAAAAAGUACCACAAUAAUGCUAGUCUUCUUUAUACAGAUACUGACUCACUUAUUCUAGAAGUACAAACACCAAACUUUUAUGAUGAUAUGAACAAAAAUAUACAUUAUUUUGAUACAUCCAACUAUAUGGAGAAUAAUAUACACGGAAUAUACAAGACCGAGUCAAUACUUGGAAACAUGAAAAAUGAAUUUCCCACCAAUACCUUGAAAGCUUUCUAUGGCACCGGAGCUAAAGCUUAUUGUAUAGAGGCUGACACAGUUGUCAAAAAAGCUAAAGGUGUUUCUAGACACGUUGUUAAAAACCAACUACAGUUAAAUGAUUAUAUUAGGGUUAUUUAUAAUCAAGAAGCCAUCUUUAGAAAAAUGUAUUUCUUUAGAGAAAAUGGAAAUCUAAUGGACAAUCUUUUGGCACGGAUGGAACAAUACGCUAACAACUUAGAAACGCUCGUGGAGGAAAGAACAAACGACUACCUGGAAGAAAAGAAGAAAUGUGAGCAAGUCUUAUAUCAGCUUCUUCCAAAGAGUGUUGCUGAACAGCUGAUUAAAGGAGAAUCAGUUAAUGCAGAAACAUUUGAUUCUGUAACGAUAUAUUUUAGUGACAUAGUUGGUUUUACCAAGUUGUCGGCUGCCAGUACCCCUCUGGAAGUUGUGGAUUUGCUCAAUGACUUGUACACAUGUUUUGAUUCUAUUGUUGGAGGUUUUGAUGUUUACAAGGUGGAGACUAUUGGUGACGCUUAUAUGGUCGUAUCUGGUUUGCCAAAGAGAAAUGGUAAUUGUCAUGCUAAGGAAAUAGCUCGUAUGUCACUUGCUCUAUUAAACGAUGUUAGGAAGUUCCGUAUACGUCACAUCCCAAAUGAACCACUAAGACUUCGUAUUGGAAUACAUACAGGACCCGUUGUGGCUGGCGUAGUGGGACUUAAAAUGCCGCGCUACUGUCUUUUUGGAGACACUGUGAACACUGCGUCUCGUAUGGAAUCCACUGGGGAAUCUCUCAAGAUACACAUUAGCACCGCUACUAAAGAUGUUUUAGACACAUUCGGGACUUUCGAACUCGAAUGCAGAGGUCCAAUAGAAAUCAAGGGAAAGGGACGAAUGACAACAUAUUGGUUGAAACGGGAGCAUAAGGUAACAACACAGCCUGGUCCAGCUCUAGAAAAUAAAACAACAAAACUCCCUUCAACUCCAAUUCCUCAACAUCUUCGUAGAGGAAUCGGCACUAGAGCUGAAUCCGACUCAAAUCCACGAAUUGCUACGACCGGCGGUGAAGAAGCUGCCGUUCCUCUACUUGCUGUUACAAGUUCCAAUAGUGAAAGUGAUUCCCAUGCUUAA